UAAAUCGCGCGUCCACAGUCAUUUUAAUCAAGAUGCUUUCAACUUGCAUUCUAAUCAAGAUGCUUUCAGCUUGCAUUGAUCACCUUAAAACACAACCCUUCUGGAUACUAUGUCUCUUCUCUGUUGGUUUCCUCUCCCUCUCAAGGAAUUGCAUGCUUGUCAUCAAAUGGGGUUUAACUACAUUUUUCAGGCCUCCAAAGAAGCUGACUUUCUACGGUUCAUGGGCGCUCAUUACAGGAUCAACAGAUGGUAUAGGCAAGGCCUUCGCUUUUGAUCUGGCCAAGAAAGGUCUCAACUUGGUUCUUGUGAGCAGAAACUUGGAAAAACUCAAACAAGUCUCGACAGAGAUUCAAGCUGGAUUUCCUACUACGAGAAUAAAAACCAUCGCCCUAGACUUCUCCCGUGAUGAUGCAAGUUCUUCGGUACUGCAAGAAGUAGAGAAGGCCAUCGAGGGGUUAGAUAUUGGUGUGUUGAUCAACAACGUUGGAGUCACGUAUCCCGGAGCAAGAUUCUUCCAUGAGGUAGACGAGGAAGUGUGGAUGAAUGUUGUGAGGGUGAACUUAAAGGGUACCACUUUGGUCACGAAAGCAGUUCUGCCUGGAAUGCUGAAAAAGAAGAGAGGUGCAAUUGUGAAUUUAGGUUCUGGUGCUGCCAUUAUCGUACCUUCUCAUCCGCUCUAUGCCAUCUAUGCUGCUACAAAAGCGUAUAUUGAUCAGUUUUCAAGAAGUUUACAUGUCGAAUACAAAGGCUGGGGCGUUGAUGUGCAAUGCCAGGUACCAUUGUAUGUUUGGACGAAAAUGGCAUCGAGAGUUGCAGAGAUCGAGAAAUCAUCGUUUUUUGUACCCACAGCUGAGGAUUACGUUUCAGCUGCAGUUGGUCGAAUAGGGUACGAAGCCAGGUGCACACCUUGGUGGACACACUCCCUUCAAUGGAGUCUUGCCUCCUUUUUGCCUGAAGCUGUUCUUGAUCGAUGGCGUUUAUCCAUUGGAACUCGUAGAAGGGAAAUUAAUCAGGGUCUGUAGCAGUUCAAUAUUAAUUUCUACGAUUCAUUAUCUACAUGAUUUUAACCUGUUAGCCUCUGAACGUGAAGGUUGCUUAAUACUGACUCAGUAUAUUUUCAUUCGGUCAUCUAUCCAGAAGAGCCAAGUACUCGCUCCCUGUGCAUCAAUUUGAAUUAACUUUAUAUGGUGGAACUUUCUUGUCAAA